CAUCGAAGGUCAUUUUUGCCCGACUCGACUCAAGACCAGCCCCUUGGCUCAGACACCAUGAACGCUGAACACUGCAUUGACUUUGCGCUGAGAAGGAAGGAAGCGAUCAUUGCAUGUAUCACCACAAAACUCCUUGACUGCCACUCUCUCUUUAGUGGUUUUGGAAAGGAGAACAAGAGCCCACGACGUGAAACCAAUCCGAUCGAUACCAGUACAUCUAUAGAUACUGUGUAAACGACAAGACAAUGCCCAUGCCCACCACCUUUCGCGUCGUGUGUGCCGUCAUUGGCCUGUGUGCACUGCUGGGAAUGCUCUUUGAAGAGCGAUUGGUUCUCCAACUCAAGAGCGUAGAUGUCAUGUCGGGGUCGUCUCGAGUGGCCAUCAGCAGCACUGGUGGUGGUGCUGGUUCUUUUUCCUUUCCCGAAAGCUCCAAGGCAGCCUUGGCGUCUUCCAUUCCAACCAGUCCAGUUGCAUUUGAUGCCGAGAAGCCGCUAUUUGUCUUGAGUCUCGUCAAUCAUUACGAUUUGGCGAUUCCCAGGUACUUUGAAUGCGCUGGAUACAACCGCAGCAACAUGGUCAAUCGUUGGAUGCCAGUAUCCACAAAUCCAAAAGAAAAACGGCGGACUGUGGGACAAUGCUUACGGGACAAGGUCACCAGCCGCACACGAAUUACCACCAGUUCGUGUGGAAACAACAAUCACGUCUGGUUGAAUACACAGUUUCUGCAAGCACCAAGACUCAAUCCCAAACGCUUUCGGGCUCAUGAUUGCUUUGAUCUGGUCAUGUCGCCGGGUGCCUUGACACACUUGGCAGAAAAUGCAUAUCCACAAGGGGGCACCAUUUUGAAUGUCAUUCGAGAUCCCAUGGAAUGGGUACAGACACUCUCACCACAAUUACCAAAGCAUUGGCAUGAGUGGUGCAAUGACAAUCACAACAAUGCAUUUCCAGGGCUGGGAGAAGUCAACAACAAACGAAGUCUGCUGGGAUUUUAUCUAGAAUACCAAAACAGAAUCAAAGAGUUUGUGGCAAACAACAACAAUCAAAAUUGGAAUUAUGUCGAAAUUGAUUUGAGACAUUCUCAUCAAGAGAUUGGAGCACAGUUGCAACAACAGCUGGGAAUUGACAAGCAAUGCUGGGUGGACUCCGCUGUCGGCAACUUUGGCACGGAGGAGGACGAUCCUCUAAUAUUGGCCAAUCAACCGCGACCCAAUGACAUUACGUAUCCAGCAUUGGUCACAGCCAUGCCCAAGUCGGGGACAUCCACAAUAAAUGACUACUUUGGAUGUGGACUGGGGGAGUGGACUGCCUCUCAUCAAUGGACAUGGAUGACUCAUGAUAGUCCUAAAGGUGUCAAGGAAAUUACUAUUGGAGAGUGCAUGGUGGCCAAUAGCGAAAACAACACGGAUAUAUUGAAAGGCUGUGGGAAUGCCAUGGUGUGGAGUGAUACUGGUGUGUUGCGACAUGCCAACCGAAAAAUGAAAACAAAAGGAAUCUGCUACCUGCCAAUGUUGCACAUGCAAGGUCUCGAACGAUUUUACAACGCAUAUCCUCGUGGCACAAUCAUUCACAUGGUCCGCGAAACUUCCUCCUGGAUUUCAUCCGUCAAGCGAUGGAACAAUUUGCACCUUCGCUGGGUCAAGGGCAAGUGUAUGGGUGCUGGAUUUCCAAAGCAUGUGGAUGCCCCGGAUAGGGAAUGGGAACAGUUCUACGAGGGUGUCACUGAGAUUGUGCGUUCUUUUGUCAAAAGUCAUCCCUCCUUGACUUACAUUGAACUCCCACUGAGCGAAAAUGCGGCACCGAUGGUCCAUGAUAUCUUUCGAUUCCCCAAGAGCUGUUGGGGACACUCCAAUGUCAACAACCCAGACAACAAAGCCGUAUCGCAGCCACCCAAGGCGAAGAAUGCAACUAGUCCAGUCAAGGACGUCAACACAGGAGUCAAAAAUGAGAAACUGCCACCCUUGGCGCUUGCGAAGAAUGCAACUGGGAACACACCGCGGAUGCAAGGGUUUGCGCCAAAGACUCCGGCACGGCGUUCAUAAAGUGGUAGCCUGCCAAAUGGCACAUAUGGAUGACAGCUGCAAAUGUCCUUGGGGAUUCGGCGUGAAAUGGCGCAGGCACGCUGAACCCGUACCGUACGCUAAGAUGGAUUUAUGCGUUUGGAGAAUCCUGACGGGGUUGUGGGAUUACGACGGCACGGCAAUGCAGGCAACUCCCGCUGCAUGCACGAACAAUGCAAGAAGCGGCAAUUUGGGUUUCACUAGUCAAAGGAAGUUGUGUGCUAGCUCGCUGUUAGAAACCUAAGAUGGUGAACUAACAAGGUUCAUAUUAUUGUCUC